GCCAUGCCGCACCGCCGCAAGCAGCGCUGCUGCUUCCACACGUGCUCCAACGUGCCCCAAGACGGGUCGGCCAAGUGCACGUUCCACCGGUACCGCGACCGCUGCCACGUCGAGAACUGCACCAACCAGGUGUACGCGCGCCAGCUCUGCGUGCGCCAUGGCGGCAAGCGCCGCUGCCAGCACCCGGCCUGCUCGACCAACGUGCGCUCGGGUCGCUUCUGCUCCAAGCACAACCCGCACAUUGACAAGCAGUGCACAGAGCCCGGCUGUACGCGCCAGGCCCACGCCCGCCAGCGCUGCAUCCGACACGGCGGCGGCCGCCUCUGCGCCACGGCCCACUGCGACGCCUACGCGCGGCGCGAAGGCAUGUGCAUUCGGCACCACCGACUCGUCGCGGCCGCCUCGACGCCGAUUGCUACGCCCGAGCCGCUCCUGGCGCCGCCGUCCGACGACCUCGACCUCAUCGACGAACUCGUGAACAGCCCGAUCUUUGACCACGUUGUUAAAUACUCGAUCGGGAUGCUGCGAGCAUGA